AUGCCAACCACCAUGGGCGGGUGCCCCUUGGGUUCAAUGGUCCUCUUCCUCCUCCUGCUUUGGGCGGCUCACGGAGGGUUCGACGUGGCCGCCCGGUCGCCCCAGGAGUUUCCUUUCAAGCACUCGUACCAGCCGCACGAGAAGGAGCUGUUGGAAGAACUCCAGAACGUGCUGGAGAAGCUACAACACAAGACAGUCUCCACGUGGGAAAAGAAGGUCAACCAAGUCCCUAAGUGUUCCUUCGGCGAUCUGUGUGCUGUGAAGAAAGGUGCCCGGAUCGGCAAACUGUGCGACUGCCCCCGCAGAUCCGCCUGCAACACGUUCCUCCUCAAGUGCUUGUGA